AUGACCGUGGGCAAUGGGCCUCGUUCUCAGCACGCUGACCACCUCACGACCCUGCUUCACGACGACUCAGGCUACGGUGCUAGCACGAUGGAUGGUAACUUUGCCGAUGGAUGGAAUCCAGGAAUGACUGAGGACCGGCCGACACCUGGAGGUACUCCAGUCCUCGACGAUGGAAGCGAAGAAUCGGAGCGCCAGCGCGAAGCCAUAGCUGGCCACACCAUUCAGAUGUAUUACAACAGGAAUCGUACUUCUUUGAUCCGCGCAAUUGGUGAUACUGAGGCAGUACUUGCCAAAUUUCAAGAGAUGAAUCAAACAUGGCCUACUCAAUAUCCUCAAGAAAUUCAAAAUGAACCUCACAGUGCAUCACCUACCCGCCCAGGCUCUAGACCGAGCCUGCAGCAUUCCUUUUCCACCCGCGAUCUUGAUAACGAAUCUGCUCCCUCACCGAGACCUGGCCCUAGGAGGGCUGAGACGUCAUUAGGAUCAAGAGUAUCUGCCGAAUCGAGUUCCGCAGCUGCGCAGCAGCUAACGUCGUUACCCGAACCUAGAUUGCUAAACGCCCAGGUCGCACAUGAGUUCUCCCUCCUGAAGCUUGAGCUAAAGAUGGCUGGUCGGGAACACUCAGUACAUUCUUUCGACAAGAACGCAAUCGCCUCCUUGCUAGACAACCAGUUCCGAGAGAAUAUUCGACAUCUGCACUCUCUCCGCGACCGUGUUGAAGACACAUCGAGUAAGGUUCUUGUUACUGGAGACCUUAACGCUGGCAAAUCGACCUUUUGUAAUGCGCUCCUGCGGCAGAAGAUUUUACCAGAAGAUCAACAGCCUUGUACAAGCAUCUUCUGCGAGGUGCUUGACGCAAGAGAAAACGGCCAAAUUGAAGAGGUACAUGCAAUCCCACACAACUCGAUCUACAAUCGCGAUGAUGAGAGCACAUACGAGGUGUUUGCUAUUAAGGAGCUUGAGCAGAUCGUCACUGAGCACGAAAAGUAUUUAAACUGCAAGAUUUAUAUUAAAGACGUUCGACCGUUUGAGCAGUCACUUCUGAAUAAUGGCACAGUCGACAUUGCGCUCAUAGAUGCCCCCGGUCUCAACAAGGACUCGGUCCAGACAACAGCAGUCUUUGCACGACAACAGGAAAUAGAUGUUAUUGUUUUUGUCGUAUCAGCUUCAAAUCAUUUCACGCAAUCUGCAAAAGAGUUCAUCUUCAAUGCUGCGAGGGAAAAGGCAUACAUGUUCACAGUUGUGAACGGUUUCGAUCAAAUAAGGGACAAGCAAAGAUGUGAAAAGAUGAUUCUCAGUCAACUUGCCAAACUAAGUCCGACCACGUUCAAGGAAUCCAAGGAGCUGGUGCAUUUCGUCUCAAGCAAUGUUAUUCCCAUGGCUCCUGGCUCUGGACCUAGACCCGGUGGCGACUUCGCGGCAGGAGGCGGUGGAUCAGGAUCAGGCAGUUUUGAUCCCAAUGGAGAUGACGAUCCAUAUGACGGAGAUGGUGAGAAGGAGGGCAAGCAUGGCGAGCCCGGUUCACCAGCCAAGGGUAAGGGUAAAGGGAAAGAAAAGGAAAAGAUCCGAGACUUUGACUACCUUGAAAGCUCACUUCGACGGUUCGUCUUGGAGAAGCGUGCUCGGUCAAAAUUGGCCCCGGCUAGGACAUAUCUUAUGAAUCUUCUUGGUGACAUGAACCGUCUGGCGGAUUUCAAUCGCGAUGCGGCACAGUCAGAGCUGGACCGAGUUCAAAAGGAACUCGAAGAUCUAGAACCACAGCAUGAAGCGUCAAAAAAGGCCAGGAGCGAAGUCAGUGAAGAGCUUGACAUCACUCUUGAAUCCUCAACCACGGAUACCUAUAAUUACACUCGCGAAACUCUCACCGACUCUAUUAACCGCGUUUCCGAACAAGACCUUGGCUUAACAUAUCCUGGCCCCUUUAGCUGCCUUCAAUACGCAGAAGACAUCAAAGACGCAAUGCUCUCGGAAAUUUCCAACACCGUCUACCUAUGUGAGGAGCGCGCUCGCAAUAAAUCCAUUCAGGGCUUCAACGCCAUUAAGAACCUCGGCCUGAUGCACGUCGGUAACAAAUUCUAUGAAGGACACAUCUUCCACCCUGAAAAGAUGUUCAUGAAGCGACGACACAAUCUCGCCCGCCAAGUCGACAUCGACCUCGAAAUGCUUGACUUCUUCGACUUCAGCUACAUCUGGGAGAAGCAGGAAAAGCUUGCAGGUACCGGCAUGGCCGGCACCGUCGCCCUCGUUGUCGGCGGCCGUCUCUUAGGCGGCGCAAGCUGGAUCGAUGGCGCGCUCGGCGCAUUCAAGAUCAUGGGCGUCAACGGCUCAAAGCGCCUUAUACUGCCAUCCCUCAUCACUCUCGUCGGCGUUGCCCUCGCCUUCGCGAUUCAACAAAUCCCGGCAUCCCUACCCCGCCGCCUCUCUUCCAAACUCGCAACUCAACUCGCCGCCCAGGACUACGUCCACGAUAACGCUACUCGCAUCAGUGCCGAAGUCCGUCGCGCCCUCAAGAACCCCUCGCAGGACCUCCGCAUCGAGUUGCAGCGCGGCGUGGAGAAGCUUGAGAAGGACCGCGAGGAUCGUCGUGGUAUCAAGGCCGAGGCGGAGCGUGCAAGAACGUAUUUUGCAGGCCUGGAGAAGAACAGUGCGAAUGUGCGGAGGAGAGUGGAGAAUGUCGAUCUGGAGGGUGCGCCGCCCGGGUUGGCGAGUCAGUAUGCUGCCUGA